CAUACAGCGGAGGGACAAGAAGAGUAAUUAGUUGAUAUUAGCAACUUUUCAGUGGCUAAUGUAACGCUGGUUGCUCUGAGCUGGACACGGGAACAUGAGCGCAGCACAGCGGAUGGAGCUUUAGUGGCUGCUCGCUCUCAGAGACAGUCGGGAUGUUUUCAGCUAACAUGGAAACAAAAAGAGUGGAGAUUCCCUCCGGCGUACUGGACGACCUCUGCAGCCGAUUCAUCCUGCACAUCCCCAGUGAGGAGAGGGACAACGCUAUCAGAGUGUGCUUCCAGAUCGAGCUGGCCCACUGGUUCUACCUGGACUUCUGCAUGCAGAACACUCCAGGAGCUCCUCACUGUGGGAUCAGAGACUUUGCCAAAGCUGUAUUCCAUCACUGUCCUUUCCUGUUGCCUCAUGGAGAAGAUGUGCAGAAAGUCCUAGAACAGUGGAAGGAGUACAAGAUGGGUGUACCUACUUAUGGAGCAAUCAUUCUAGAUGAAUCACUAGAAAAUGCGUUGCUUGUUCAGGGCUACCUUGCAAAGUCAGGGUGGGGCUUUCCAAAAGGGAAGGUGAACGAGGAUGAAGCUCCUCAUGACUGUGCAGUCCGUGAAGUAAUGGAGGAGACAGGCUUCGACAUCAAGAAUCGCAUCAGCAAAGACAGGUACAUAGAGCAGAAAAUCACAGACCAGGUGGUGCGGCUCUACAUCAUACCAGGAGUGUCAAAGGAUACCAAAUUCAACCCCAAAACGAGGAAAGAGAUCAGGAACAUUGAGUGGUUCCCUAUUGAGAAGCUGCCAUGUCACAGGAACGACAUGACCCCAAAGUCUAAACUUGGACUUGCCCCUAACAGAUUUUUCAUGGCCAUUCCAUUCAUAAGACCGCUGCGGGAAUGGAUCAGUAGGCUGAAAGGCGAGUCUACAGACAGUGAUGAGGACUUCGCAAACAAUGGCAGCACUCCUUCCAAACCUUCAGACAAUAUUCGGUCAAAAUCCCGACGCCUCAUGGGGACUGAUGCUUUUUCAGGAGAGGACUGGGCCAGACACAAGCAGCAGAAAGCCCUGAGCCAGUAUGAGCUCAACCAGAACCCAAAUUUGAAAGGCAAUGGGAAGAAAUUUCAGGACUCGCCUUAUGUGAAGAAAGGAGCCAAUGACAAUGGAGUGAGCAACCAGCAGAAAGAAGAUAAAAAGCUUCAACCCAGAAGACUGCAAGACAGUUUUGAGAGAGAUGUGGCUCCAUGCAGCUCCACCAAUGGUAACCGGACAGUCCACAGAGACUGUGAUCAGCUGCCAUCUUCCAAGACUUUCCUCAAUUUCAAAUUUGACAAAGAUGCCAUCAUGAAAUGUUUUGACUACUGACAUGGCUGAUGGAGCUCUGUGCCUCUCCUGUGACAUCAAACUGUGAGACAUUUUGCCUGACAGUCCAAGCAAGGAUGUCACUGAACACACCCUUUUCCUUCUUGCCUUGCUCGUCAAUUUUACAUGAACACUUGUUUACAUUAGGGAGUUGGCCAUUUCCUAUUGAUCAUAUUCAUCAAGCCUCACUGGGGUCGUUUACCUGUUUGGCCCAAGUUUUCAGACCCUUUAAUACAGGUGGUAACCUAACAGCAGAUUUCAAUGUGUCCAAGGUUCAAUCAUAACUUCAGUUUUCACUUCAUCAUUGGAUAUCUAAAAUCAUGAUUCAAUCUGGAGGACACGACACAGAGACCAUAAGGAGAGGUCUGCUCUGCUGAACCAUUAGUCUUACAAAAGCAAUGAUAAAAACCUUGUGAAUGCACAAGUAAAAAACUAAUCUGCUACAUCUCAGUGAAUUUGACCGGUAAGCCAGUGUUAAAAUGUGUCUUCUAUAUUGAUUUUAAAAUGUAAUAAUCUGGAUGUUGGGUAUUUCCUCCAUUCUUCUAAUUGAGUCCAAAAUGCUUCAAAAAGGUGGGUAUUAAUAGUGUUAUUGGUUUUUAUUACCAAAUUACUUACGAUUUUAUCCAGGAAUGUAAAAUGUGAUGGAAUACUGACAUGAGAAAGGAAGAAUUGGCCAUCACAAUUUGAAUGUUAUGUCAAAUUCAUGUUACUGUGUUAUAUGGAAGUCUGUGUCUGCCAAUGUUAAAAUAAGAUCAUUAAAUCAAGUUGAUAUUUGAAAAUGUAUGAUUAAGGACAGAAAAGUUACAAAUUAAAAUGAAAACUCCAUGAACAAAUUAGUUUGUAUUCCGAAGGAUGUCAACGCACAAUGAUAAUAACUGGACUUUUAUGUGAAUUUUAAUUGUGCUCUGUUAACUAUGAAUUUUGCGAUUUCCAUUAUAUAUGUGAACAUUGGAUUGAAAUUUUUAAUUUUGUCAUACAUCAUACACACAGAAAUGUAAACAGGCAUUUCAAUUUGAUGAAGUCACAUUAAUAUUGGUAGCCACAGGCUUUCAUGUAUUAUUUGCCUCAAAAUGACCAAUAUCACAGUUGUUUGUUAGGUAAAUCAAGGCUGUUCUGUCUUGCAGACAGCAAGGUUUACAGGUUUAAGUUCCCGUUGAGAUUUCUUACACCAGAAGUUCUCAGUCAUAGUCUUCAUGGCCCACAGGUUAGCUGCUGAAACCCUGCAGACUCAGACCAUUGUGAUAGACUACUGUGAACGUUACAACUUACUGUCAAAAACUUUACAAAAGACUCUCGCCAGGGUUAGAGAACUUUAGAGCUGAUGCAGUUUUAUAGAAUCAGUAACAGUUUCAAGUCUUCAAAGUUUAACCCACAGUAUAGCAAUCUAUAUUUUCUCAAAGGAAUAUUCUAUACAUGCAUACAUGUGAGAUGACUAAAUCUUCAUGAGAUCUUUCCUUAUGGUGUUUGUCACUGGGGCUUCUUUGUUAUUGAUGGUACAGAUGGUGAACUCAAGUUGCCCUUUGGCCUCAGUGGUGUAACUUUAAAUGUGAAUAUUAAUAAAGUCUGUUUUUUCACUUUC